CCGGGGCUGUGGAGCCUCGCGCGGCGACCGGGAGCCUCUGAGCGCGGCGGGCGGCGGCGCCCCAGCGGUCGGCUCAGCAUGUCGGUCAGCGUCCAUGAGACGCGGAAGUCGCGGAGCAGCACGGGGUCCAUGAACAUCACCCUCUUCCACAAAGCCUCCCACCCCGACUGCGUGCUGGCCCACCUCAACACCCUGCGCAAGCACUGCAUGUUCACGGACGUCACGCUGUGGGCGGGCGACCGCGCCUUCCCCUGCCACCGCGCCGUGCUGGCCGCCUCCAGCCGCUACUUCGAGGCCAUGUUCAGCCACGGCCUGCGGGAGAGCCGGGACGACACGGUCAACUUCCAGGACAACCUGCACCCCGAGGUGCUGGAACUGCUGCUGGACUUCGCCUACUCGUCGCGCAUCGUCAUCAACGAGGAGAACGCCGAGUCGCUGCUGGAGGCCGGCGACAUGCUGCAGUUCCACGACGUGCGCGACGCGGCCGCCGAGUUCCUGGAGAAGAACCUCUUCCCCUCCAACUGCCUGGGCAUGAUGCUGCUGUCAGACGCGCACCAGUGCCGCCGGCUGUACGAGUUCUCGUGGCGCAUGUGCCUGGUGCACUUCGAGACGGUGCGGCAGAGCGAGGACUUCAACAGCCUGUCCAAGGACACCCUGCUGGACCUCAUCUCCAGCGACGAGCUGGAGACGGAGGAUGAGCGCGUGGUCUUCGAGGCCAUCCUGCAGUGGGUGAAGCACGACCUGGAGCGGCGCAAGGCGCAUCUGCCCGAGCUCCUCCGGAGCGUGCGGCUGGCCCUGCUGCCCGCCGACUGCCUGAAGGAGGCCGUCUCCGGGGAGGCGCUCCUCAUGGCCGACGAGCGCACCCGGCUCAUCGUGGACGAGGCGCUCCGCUGCAAGACCAGGAUCCUGCAGAACGAUGGGGUGGUCACCAGCCCCUGCGCCCGGCCGCGCAAGGCGGGCCACACGCUGCUGAUCCUGGGCGGCCAGACCUUCAUGUGCGACAAGAUCUACCAGGUGGACCACAAGGCCAAGGAGAUCAUCCCCAAGGCGGACCUGCCCAGCCCCCGGAAGGAGUUCAGCGCCUCGGCGAUCGGCUGCAAGGUCUACGUGACCGGGGGCCGGGGCUCUGAGAACGGGGUGUCCAAGGACGUGUGGGUGUACGACACCAUGCACGAGGAGUGGUCCAAGGCGGCACCCAUGCUGAUCGCCCGCUUCGGCCACGGCUCUGCUGAGCUGGAGAACUGCCUCUACGUGGUCGGGGGACACACGUCCCUGGCAGGUGUCUUCCCGGCCUCCCCGUCUGUCUCCCUGAAGCAGGUAGAGAAGUAUGACCCCGGGGCUAACAAGUGGACCAUGGUGGCCCCGCUGAGGGACGGCGUCAGCAAUGCUGCGGUGGUGAGCGCCAAGCUGAAGCUGUUUGUCUUCGGGGGGACCAGCAUCCACCGAGACAUGGUGUCCAAAGUCCAGUGCUACGACCCCUCGGAGAACCGGUGGACCAUCAAGGCCGAGUGUCCGCAGCCUUGGCGGUACACGGCAGCCGCCGUGCUGGGCAGCCAGAUCUUCAUCAUGGGAGGUGACACGGAGUUCACGGCCGCCUCUGCCUACCGCUUCGACUGCGAGACCAACCAGUGGACGCGGAUCGGGGACAUGACCGCCAAACGCAUGUCCUGCCACGCCCUGGCCUCGGGCAACAAGCUCUACGUGGUGGGGGGCUACUUCGGGACCCAAAGGUGUAAGACCCUGGACUGCUAUGACCCCACGUCGGACACGUGGAACUGCAUCACCACGGUGCCCUACUCGCUCAUUCCCACUGCCUUUGUCAGCACGUGGAAACACCUGCCCUCGUGAGGAGCACGUGCAGAGCCCAGCCAGACUCCGCGUGUUUCUCCCCGCCCCAUGGCCGCAGCCCUCGCCGCCACAGAGUGGCCCUGACCCUGUCUGCCACCGCAGGAGGCCCGGCCCCCCCGGCUCUGGGAGCAGCAUUCUCAGGGCUGCUACGAGCUUCGGACAAGGGAAGAGAAGCUGUCUCGAGAGCCCCGUGUGUCUGCCUGAGGCCUUUUCCUCUCUGGUCUGCAGGUGGUCUGCAGGGGAGAGGACCUUCCAGAGGGACGCGGACCGACCCCAGGACUCCCUCGGCCUCGGGGCAAAGACACAUCCGCAGAUCCUGCCUGGGGGGCUGAGAGGAGCCGGGCAGGCAGCCUCGCCGUCUCCCUGUCGUGGUGGUAAAGUCACCCAGCGGAGGGUGUCUCAGGCCUCGUGGAAGCAGGGUCCCCCGGCACCAAGAGCAGACGCUGCCUGGGCGGGAAUGGAGGCGGAAGCCCCUGGGGCGCCCUCACACCACCUGCAGGGCUUCCUGAGUAAAUGACCCCGAGACCCCAGUCUUAGAGCAGAAACCCCCGGGCCCCUCCCCACCCCAUCCUGGUCAGGCCAGCUGUGCCAGGUGCAGAAGACACUUGAGCCCCAUCACAACGGGACCCCGAGCCCCGAGCCCUAUUAGACGGGGGGAUGCCCUCGGGGGCCACCCCGCCUUCCCCUCAGAGCCUGCCUGUCCUGGGAGCCCACCCCAAGAGGUGGCAAUGGCCUUGUCAUCUGCUGACAUGACCGUGCGGGCUCUCAGACCAGGAGCAGGUGUGAGAGGGGACCACAGGGUCACUCUAGAGCCCCCCGGCAUGGAGGACAGCAGCAAGGCCCGUGGUCCCCGGCCCCCAGCCGCUGGGUCCCUCCUCAGCGUGUCCCCCGUGUCUGGGGCCCUGGAGGGGUCCGCUCACACCUGGAAUCGGGGUUUCUGGAUCAUCCCUUGCCGGGCGCCGCCGGAGUGGGAAGCGGCCUGCGCCAAACCCAAGGCUUCCCCGCCGCCUGCCGUUCGCUCGGUGCCGCUUGGCCGGUCAGGGC